AUGAUAACAUACAUUGUAUUUAUCCUAAGUACUAUAUUUGUGGUGAGCUUUGUUAGUUUUUCUUCAAAGCCUUCACCAAUCUACGGGGGUUUUGGUUUGAUUGUGGCUGGCGGUAUUGGGUGUGGUAUUGUGUUGAGUUUUGGUGGAUCAUUUUUAGGCUUAAUGGUUUUUUUAAUCUACUUGGGGGGAAUGCUUGUGGUGUUUGGUUAUACUACGGCCAUGGCGACGGAGCCUUAUCCUGAGGCCUGGGUUUCUAAUAAGGCUGUGUUGGCAAUGUUUAUUACAGGGGUGUUGGCAGAGUUGUUAACAGCUUGCUAUAUUCUUGAGGAAAACGAAAUUGAAGUUGUUUUUAAGUUUAAUGGUGCGGGUGAUUGGGUGAUUUAUGAUACUGGUGAUUCAGGCUUUUUUAGUGAGGAGGCCAUAGGAAUUGCUGCCUUGUAUAGUUAUGGGACCUGGUUGGUUAUUGUGACGGGCUGAUCAUUACUUACUGGUGUUUUAGUAAUUAUGGAGAUUACUCGUGGUAAUUAA